AUGGGCAAACCAAAGCGUAAUGUCUUCGCAGCUGCUGAAGAAACUUCUACCCCGCCAGACGUAUUGACAGAAACACAAUCGAUUGCUCGUGUUAUCAAAGCUGAAGGAAACAGCUUAUAUUCUUGUGCUCUCACAGAUCAAACAACUAUCCUCGUCGAACUGCCUUCACGAUUUCGCAACACAAUUUGGAUCAAACGCGGUGGUUAUGUAUUGAUCGACACCAAGGACGGCAAUGUAAGAGAGAAUAAAAUUGGUGGUGCAAUUAUCAAUGUCGUCCGCGAGGAACAUGUUUGGAGAAAAGAAGCUUAUUGGCCUAAAGAAUUCCCCAAAAGUUCCGCAUAUGUCGAGGAUUCGGGUGAAGAGGAAUCGACCGUUGGUAAAAUGCCACCAUCAGAUUCGGACGAAGAAUGA